AUGCUGUGCGUUGAGAGCGCCGAGAUCGCUGGAACUCUAGUCGCGCUCUCGGUGCCAGCGGUGAAGCCCGUCUUCGGAAACCUAUUCCCACACAUGGCCGAGUACACACUAAAUCUGGAUUACAGGGCAUCAAUCGGCAUCAUCCACCUAGCUGCCGGAAUACAGCGCCUUGCCUGUGCUUGUCUACCGCUUAUGCAGCAGAACUUUGCUUCUACCCUCAGUGAAAUACCAGUCGGCUCUCUGAGCGGAACUGAGCGCGCAGAAAAAGCGCGGAAUCCCUUCUCAUGGAUUGAAGAAUACCGCACGUACUAG